CCUAGGGGUACAUAAAUCACCCAACAGUAGGUACUACGUAGUACAAAGCGUGCCAAGAAAAUGCGAUUUGUGGCUGUACACCACGUCGUUAUAAAUCUGUACUUAUGCUACAAACAUCAGUAAUCAGAUUGACCAUUACAUCCCAAAUUACAACAACUCAUUUGGCAAUCAUGUGUUCCUUUGCUGAUGAAAAAGCUACCAAGGCCGAAAUGCAUGCACGUCUUACCACGGACGCCAAGUCCAGUAAAUCUAGCUGGACGCGCACCUCCAAACCCGUUCUCGCCAUCCUUACUCUCCUGUCCCUCGCCGGCGCUGCCUUCUACUUCUACCAAAAUGGUGUCCCCUUCUACCAAACACCCACAUUAUCUCCUUCCUGGAACGAUGAAUCUGAAUGGCCCAUCCCCAAGAUCCCAGGCCCUGAACUCCCCGCCCCCGUUGAGCCAUUCGAGCCUCUCAAGCGCUACAGCCUCGACUACGGCAAGGUCGCUUGCUGGCAGGACGGCGGCGUGUGGAUCAAAGAGCUCACGCCCGUAGAGAUGUCUUCUCUGGGUAUUGACCGCUUCCGGGACACCGCCCGCGCGCUCGAACAGGCGGACGAGGACGCGUUCUGCACGCGCCUGCGCAUGCACGGCGCAAGUUUCUGGCAGCUGCCGCCACAAUGGCCCGAGCAUAUCAACUGGUGCGACGCCAUGGAUGAUUGUGUGAAGCCGACGAAGAAGGUGAGCCUCGAGGUCGGCUUUCCGACGAGCGGCGGUGUGUGGAUGCUCGAUACGAGUCAGGGGUGGGAAGGGCUGUACCCGCAGAGUUUGGGCCUGCGAAACGCGCUUACGAUGGACGAGAGGUGCGAGGUUAUCAAGGACCUAGGCGGACGCUUCUCCGAGGAUAUCCAGGCGUGCCCAGAGAUGGCUGCUUUAUUAAGACCAUAGAGGGUGUGCAGGGCCCGGAGGCGACGGCCAAGCAGGGGGCGUUGCUUUUGAUCCUGCAGUACGCAAUAUGUUAUUCAUAACCAGAAAUAUCACGAUAUACCGUAUCCUAACGAGAUGUCGUCCUUGGUCACGUAGGUAGUUUAGACUGCAUUCGGAAUUAUACCAGAAUAUUCAGAGCCACCGUAUCAAGACCCAAAGAUCUAUUCAUAGCCCCUGUAGUUAACUACGUUUCAGGGAGAUCGUGUUGGGGAAAACACGUGGGAUGCUAUAUUUGGUAGGAUUCAAUUAUUUCAAUAUGGGAAAGCCCUCAAAUUGGCGAAUCAAGAAGCUGGGCCUGUUUAAUGGUUUCAGGCGGAUAUAUUGAAAAUUUAAGGUAUCAUAUCCCGUUUCUCGAAUCUACAAACUCAGUUUGCCAA